CUCCUCUAACUACAACACCACCAACAAAACAGAACCAAAAAAAAUCAACCCAAUUCAUCAAAAUUUGAUUUUUCCAUUAAAUUCGCUUUCUUUGGAAACUGAAGAAUUGAAGGGUUCUUCUUUUUUUGUUCCUUUUUUUGUGGGUCUAAUAUUUUGUACUUCACAAGAACUGUCACAUCUUAACCCUUUUUGAUUCUCUUCUGAUUAUCAUCAUCAAAGCAAAGAACCUUCUUGAUCUGUUUUUUUCUUAACUUGAUCUCAAUUUCUCUCUCUUUUUCAUCAUCAUGGAAUGUGCUUAGUCUUUUCAAGAAAUUUUGAGGUAAGUGUCAUAGUUUGUUUCUUCACUGAUCUUUGUUUUGUUGGUUCUUAAAUUUUAAGAAUUUUUGGAUUGAUUUAGAUUCAUAAUAAUGGAAGAGAAGAAGUUUGUUUGUAAGUAUUGUAGCAAAAGGUAUCCUUGUGGAAAAUCUUUAGGUGGUCACAUUAGGACUCAUAUGAUGAGUGAAAAUUCACUUCAAGCAAAAGAAGAAAAAAGAAUCAAUGCUAAUGCUAAUGUUAAUGCUAUGUUUAAGUUUGAUGAUGGAAGAAAGAGAAAGAGAUUAGAUUUAGGGUCUAGUGGAAGUGGUAGUGGUAGUGGUGGUGGUGGUGGUGGUGAUGAUGGUAACCUUAUUUAUGGUCUUAGAGAGAAUCCCAAGAAAACAUCAAGGUUUGUUCAUUCCAAUGUUGCUACUAUUCAAAUGGAGAAAUUCUGCAAAGAAUGUGGAAAAGGUUUUCCAUCACUGAAAGCUUUGUGUGGUCACAUGGCUUGUCACUCUGAGAAAGACAAAGGAACCAAUAGGAUUGAAAGUGUGUCUGGUGUCACUGAGAAGCAUAAAUUGGUUAUGGAUAGUCAAUCAGAUACCGAGGCUUCGGUUCCGACCGAUACACGGAGAUCCAAGAGAAUGAAGUUCAAGAAUCUUAACGGUGGUGACAACAGCCAUCCACCUUCUUCCUCUUCGCUUCAUUGGGGAAACUGUUCUUCUUCUGUUUCCGAGGUUGAGCAGGAACAAGAAGAUGUUGCUAGGUGUUUGAUGAUGUUGUCUAGAGAUGCUACUUACAAGGGUACUCGUUUUGCUAUGGUGACAGAGUCUUCUGAUAACAACUCGGUUGUUCUUGAAGCAAAAUCGAAAUCGCCUUCAGUUGAUACCAAGUUUGCUGCUAUGAAGAACAUUGUUGGUGGUACUAAAAACAAUGGUUUUGAGUUCCCGGAGAAGAAGCUGAACAAGGAUGCGAAGAUGAAAUCGGUCGAAAUUGGUUAUGUUUCUGAUAAUUCUGAUUCUGGGUAUUUCACAUAUGGUCCUAGAAAAGUAGAAUCAGAUGAUUCUAGUGACGCAUUUUUCAUGAAUAAUGAUGUUAAGUCUUCGAAAGCUGUACUUAUCUCUGGGUUUGAAGAUCAUGAUUUUGAUUCAAGGAAGAAGAUAAUGAGCAGCGAAAAAAGAAACAGAAACAAUAAUGAAUUCAAGAAACUAGCUUUGGAUGAUUCAAGAAAGAGACAAAAUUUUGUUGAAAGUUCUAGCAAGAAAAAAGCAAAAAAUGGUACUUAUAACAAUGAUGAAAACUAUGAAAGUUUGAAAAUUGAAAGAGAGAGUUUUUCUGAAGAUUCGGCUUAUGAAAGUGAUGAAAACAGCACUGAUAGUGAUUCAUAUCCUGCUCCACCAAAGACACAAAGCAAUAGGAACAUAAAUGCAAAGACUAAGAAGUUAACAAGCAAAGGAAAGAAGAAAAUGAAGUCAAAGAAAAGCAAAGAACAUGAGUGUCCAAUUUGCAACAAGAUUUUUAGGUCAGGACAAGCUUUAGGGGGCCACAAAAGGUCCCAUUUUGUUGGAGGGAAUAUUGAUGAAAACACUUUUGUGAUAAGACCAGCUAAUAGUGGUGCUGUUCAAGCUGCUCCUGCUGCUAAUCCUUGCUUAAUUGAUCUUAAUCUACCCGCUCCAGAUGAUGAAUAAAGAUUUUGCAUCAUUUUGAAGUAUUUGUUUUGUUGAGGUUAGUUGAAUUAUGGAAUUAUGAAAAAUGUUGUCUUUAUCCCAUAUGAUGAAAUCAAUGACAAUGUACAGACAAAUGGGUAAUUGGUUGAUGCUUUUUUUUUGGUUUCUUAAGACUUUUUUAGAUUCAUUA